GAAUUGCAUUUUAUUGUUCGUUGACUCGACUGUGUGUGCGGUGUAAAGUUGGGUUAAAUCGAGCAGCAACAAUAAGGAAUUGUGGCUGUGCAUGUGUUUCGGCGCGUCAGUGUGCGGACGCAACUUUCUUCUAGCGGGAAAUCAACGCAGAUGGUUUCUUGCCGGCUAAUUAAUAACGGAAGCGACCUCGAACGAUCGGGGCACACCCAGCGGCGAUUUCGUGAGUUACGCUGCAUUAUCCUGUGAUCGAUUCUGGUGGAGUGGUGGUUCUUUCAAACUUUCUCGCAACGUAUUCGUAUUGUUCCGAGUGUCUACAGCGAGAUAUGUUCAUUAGACCACGUGAAGUCGCACUGAGCACCUGUGGAUUAAGUGUAAACCUUGUUUGAGAGCUUGCUACUCGAUCGUCGUCUGCGACCUGUCAGUGCUCCCGAUGGUAGCUCUAGCAAGGUAGCUGGCAUACCUUAUGUGAACGUGUCUGUGUGAAUAUGGGUUGCACCGUGGCAGGAAGGUAGGACUUCGAUACAAGCCCUCCCUGGGAUGGGGAGGCAGAUUUGAAAGGCUUCCUUCCCCGACCGCUUAUUUCUUUAUUAUUAUUAUUCGUCUCCUUUGUGCGUCGCUAAGAAAGCAGUCGAACAUGUGGGAUUUCGUCCCCCGGUCGUCGGUGCUCUGUUUUGUGUCGCCCGCAGUGUGUGGCUCCGUCGCAAGUGCGUUCGCUGCAAGAUGAGUUGUGCACCAGUUGAGCUCGGAACGAACUCCCGUUUCGGAUAACACGUACAAGGAUUCUGCAACUCACAGCCGUACCACACUCUGCCAAUGAAAAUGAUGUCCGGCCCGGGCCUGGAUUGGACGACGGUGGAGAAGCUGAUGCACGCGGACGAUGACCGAUUCGAAGAUGCCGUCAGCUCACUCACCGUCAGGGAGCUGCUGGACCUCGUGACUGGUCUUCAGCAGGCCAUGGCUGAUGAGCAGCGACGAUUCGACGAGCUCUCUCUCGAACUGCAGACUGCACAGCAGAAAUCUCCCGGCAACGAAGAGGGACCGCAGCACAGAUCCCUCUCGGCAGCCCUGUGCGCUUCUCAACUCAAACUCGCCAGGCUAUGCGCAAGGAACAUGCGGUGCUUCACUCAGCAAGCGAUACGGGCAAAGGAGGACCGGACACCGGGCGACGCCAGAUUGACGUCAUCGAUGACGUCGGCGGCGACGUCACGGGCUUCGGACGUUGGGACUCGCUUCAAUGGCGACUUUAUGGACGACUUCCAGACUGUGGAAGAAGAGCUCAAAGGUUCCAAGAUGAGGACCAACACCCUACUCGACAUUUCGGACUUUGACGAGGUGGAAGCUGCAUUUUCAUCGAUGAUGGACGACGACGAGCCUCACUCUCUGAUGCCAUCUUACGACGGACGAUUCCACGACGAGGACGAUGUGAUGGAAGCCGAUUACGACUCGCGAGACUUCGUCGUGCACAGGAAUACUUUUAACUCUCUGGAAGACUGCAACUCCGAAGACGGCAGUUCUGUGACGCACGGCAGCCCACGGGACAGAUUACGGCGACGAAACGGCGGCAUUCCUUCGCCGGAUUACGGAAGCUCUGAGGAAGAAGGCGACUACCAGGUGUACGAGAGCGGAGUGUCCGACUCCGCGGCCGACUACGCCGAAUACGCCGACGAGGACGAAGUGGACUUCGUCGAUAAUAGUGCCUCGUACGCGCAGCACGAUCCUCGACGGUACGUUUACUAUCCGGAGGAAAAAGAACUGGAAGUGAUACCCGAAGAAGAUGAAGAAGACUUGCUAGACGAUUCGAGGCAGGGCUCGGCACGUGGGUCCUACUGUGAUCGGAGUUACGAGGAUGACGAGGAGGACUCGCGUCGCCUGACUGCCCAGACCGAGUGCGACUCGGGCGUCACCGACGACCAGCGGAGUAGCGGCGAAGAGGACGAGCUCAACCAGAAGGACGCAGGCCGCUCUGGCCCGCGGAGUAGCCAGCCCUACUGCGAGGACACUGAUAGCGCUCAGGGUUCCCUCCUUCUGGAAGCCCCAGACUCGCCGGCAUCGCCCGUGCCCGUCAUCGAAGAGCCGCCCGACGAACCGUUUCCCCCGCCGCCUCCACCGCUCAGCUCAGUGACGAACAAGAGUUUCUACAAGGACGACGGUGAUGCCAAGAUCCUGAGUGGAAGCGAAGAAAGCGAGAGUGAAUCAACGUUGGGAAGGGCGAGGGUCAAGUCGUCGCCGGUGCAGAACGGAGGGAUUGUCGAAAAGGCAAAUCCCAUCCCACACGAAUCAACACCAAAACCAACCAACCAUAAUCCAUCAGAAGAAAAGCAGGGCAACCUGCGUGCUCCAAGUUCCAAGCUGGCGCACCUCAUCAAGAACUUUGAAAACAUCACAAUUACCCACCAGCCGCCCACGUACUCUAAGCCCCUGCCCUCGCGGCAGAAGUUUGUGUCCUCGAUGCUGCAGUCGGACUCGAAGGGUGUUGAACAGCCACUCAAAAUGAAGCCAGAGGUGGAGCACAUUAUUAAAAGGGUGACGUUAACAGAAGUACCGAAGGAGGUGCCGAAGCCGGUGGAGAAGCCACCUCUAAAGGCAAAACCUGUGUCUCUUAUAAAGACUGUGACAAUAACAGAAAUACCAAAAGAAACUGUGAAGGAUGUGCCAGUGAGAAAGACUCCAGCAGUCAGGGUAGAGGUCACUACUGCAGCGAAUGGGAGCAAAAGGUCAGCUGAGAGCAACGGUGUUCUUGCUGGACGAGGUGCCUUGGAAACGGUGGAUUCUCUUGAGGAGGAAAGGCAGCCAAGAAGUCCGUCUUUGGGAUGGGACCCAACGGAGCUUCUCAAAGAACUAUAUGAAGUGGAAACACCUCAGCAGUAUGGGUCUGAUUCUGACGUGGAGUACAUCAACAUGGAGGGCUACCUCGACAUGAUGCCCUCCAACAGGAAAAAGGCUACCUACUGGAAUCCCUGGAAACGACGAUUCUUCCGCCUGCACGAUGGUCUCCUUACAUGCUUUGAGAAUGAGAAUUCACCACGUCCAUUCAUCAAGGCUCAGCUGAUGGGAGGAAAUAUCGACACAUUAGAGAACAACAUGAUUGGUAUUGAUGACAGGAAGGGUCAUUACAUAGCAGUGAAGUGCAACAGCGAUGAACAUGCAGAUGCCUGGUUAACAGCAUUGCAUUCACAGUGUCAAGAAAAUUUUGCCAGGACUUUCGUUCAACCUAUCAUGUAUCCCCCACCAAGCCACAAGGACGUGAUCAUUGUCGAUCUUGGUGGCUGCUCAAUACGAGCUGGAAUCCUCAUGGAACAACCAACCAUGCCCACAGUGUUUUUUCCAUCUGUGUGCAGCACUCACAGGGAAACUGGUCACCAAACAUUCGGCAUUGAAGCCUUGAUGCCUGAAGUUAGACGAGAUUGUAAUGUAUCUUUUCCGUUGGUGCCAUCAGCAAAAAUAUCUAAGUUCACGAUGGAUGUUGAAGCUUUGCCAGGACUCAUGAAGAAAGUGUUCUAUGAACUCAGUAUAAAGGAACCCUCAAAAUACAAGGUGCUUCUCUGCAUUCCACGUAGUUUCAGCCUCCAGACGCAGGCUGCCGUGGCUAGGGUGCUCCUAGAAGAUCUUGGGGUGCAGGGUCUAAAUUUAACGCACCAGGCAAUCUGCGCCCUCUAUGCUUACAACACCUCAUCGGGCAUCAUUGUGGAUGUUGGCGAUCGUAUUGACAUCGUACCGAUUACCGACGGCUACAUUGUGGAGAGCGGUGUCACACGUCUUCCUUAUGGCGCCAACAAGAUUGCUCAUCAUUUGAGACAUGCCCUGGCACAGAAGAGAGUUAGCUUGUUCAGCGACGUGGAACUCUACCUGGUACGUUACGUUCAGCAGCUGGCGUGCUACAUUGCUGACGACUACAAACGGGAGUUGCAACGGUUCCAAAAUGAUCCUGACAGUGUUGAAAAGGUUGUUGAAGUACGACAGUUCUUCCAGGACGAGUGCCCUGUUGAAUCGGUGUCGGUUGAUGUUGGCCGCUUCCAAGCACCUGAGGGCCUGUUCCGGCCGGAGCUGUGGGGCCAGGAUGGUGCUGGCCUGCACAAGCUGGUCCACCGUGCUGUCCAGGAGUGCAGCAUGGAUAUCCGACGGGAGAUGGCACGUAGCAUUUAUCUCAGUGGAGCUGGAACACUUCUGCCAGGCCUUCCCCAGCGGCUGGAAUCAGAACUUGAUGCACUCUUGCCCAGCUCUGUCAGUCCAAAGGUACACGCCUCUCCGUACCGAGAGCACAUGGCAUUCCUCGGUGCAAGCACCAUGGCAUCAACAUCUGCUUUCGAUGAGGUGUGCAUUUCAAGGCAGGAGUGGCGACAGCGUGGCACAGCAUGCCUCUCGAAGUGGCAUCUGUGAUGAGUGAUGUUGCUGGAACUUGGAACAGACUUUAGGUCCGCCAUUGCGGGUACUUCAUCGACCGAUGUCUUCCUUUGGCACCGUAAUGAUACGUGCCCAUGUUAAAAGCCCAUGUGCCGAAGAUACUGCACAGACUGUUUUCGGACUCUGAAAUGUGCCUUGUUCUUCAUCCGAGUUUGUAGUUAACAAAGUUGGCAGUUCUAUUGUUACCGUCACACGCGGAUGGAGCCUUAGCGUAUGCAUUUAGUGGGACCAGGGCAUACCAUCGGUGUGCGACCAGAGUUUUGUCUGUACAUUUUUGCAGUUUUAUUCUGUGCCCUUUCAUUUUGAGAACUUUUUUGAAUUAUUUUGAUGGCACUCUUGCCUCGGCGGUACCUUUUUAAAGAUAUUGCUUCACGUGCCAGUGGGGACUAUAAUAUAAUUGUUAGCGAAUAGGACAGGUUUUCUUUCCCUCCAUUUGCACCUUGGCGUGUGUAUCAUACGUUUGAAAAUUUCUUCGUUAAACCACAGAAUGCUAUGAGAGCAGACAGCUAUAGCUCAUGAGUCUACCUGUGUUUUAAAAUGUGUACAGCAUGAUGAUGAUGUCCCUCUACAGAUUAUAUUUAAUACAUUUACUCUUUACAUUCUCUUCUUAGAAUUAAAUAUUAUCGUAAUAUAUGUGCUGGCCAUACCGUGUGAGUUUCAAUAUGUAGGUUUUCCUGGGCACCAGGUUUCCAAAUGCACAUGCAGUCAACAGUGGAAAAACCUUUUUUCACUUGUUUCUUACCAUUAAAUGAUGUAGCUCUCACUGAC